GAAAGAGUUAAGAGAGGCAGGGAGCAGCUGGGCUGUCUCUGUUUGCUGUAGCUAUGUGGGCUGCAGGGUAGAGAAGAAGAAUCUCCAGCCUGGAGGAGGCAGACGAAGGAGGGUCCUCAAGGACGGCGGCUGGGGAUGAGGGAGACAGCAGGUCUUCCUCUCUCUGCUCCCAUGAGCUGUCACUGCAGGGAAGCUCUCUGGCUCCCCAAAGGGCUUUGGUGACAAAGCGAUGACAAGCUGGUGGGUCUAGCAACAGCUGCUUGGUGCUGCCAGAUUUUUCCUUGCGUGGAAAGCUCUCUGCUUCUGACUGGGUCUCGGGCUGCUUCCUGCUGAUGAAGCGACUUGGCUGUGGAGGAAGACAACCAGAUUGUCUGCUGAUGGGACGGCAGAGGCUGGGGGUCUGACGCUGAUGCUGUCCCCAGCCACCUGAGCUCCUUCCGACGGAUGCCCACCCCAGAGCCCUAGUUCAGAGCUCUCCCACCAUGCUGCCUGGGCGGUAGGUAGGGAAGAGCACCAACGUGGAUGCCCUCAUAGGGGCAAACCAGCAGGUUUCUGUGGGGCACCUAGUGGCCCACAGAUGCUGGCAGGCACACCAGGGCAGCCCAUGGUCAUUGCCCAGGGCAGGGGCUACCUGUGCUUUGCAGUGCUGGGCUGGAGCUGCUGUGAGAGCGACCAUCGGGCAGAGGCUGUGGGAGGACGCAGGAGGGGAUUCAGGUGGCUGCUGCACCGUGGCUGAAGGUGGAGUUUUGCCGGGGACAGGAUGGAGAUGAUGUGGCUGUACGUGGUGCUGGUGCCCGUGCAGCACGUGCUUGCCGUGACCUGGCUGUACCUGGCCAAGCAGCCUUCUCUGCGGGCAGUCCUCCAGGACCCCAGGGGCUGUGAAGGUCUGACGGGGCUGGUAGAGGAGCAGGUCCGUGUGUGCCGGCGGCAGGUGGAAGCCAUGGAUGCGGUGAAGCGAGGCGCGGAGCUGGCUGUGGAGGAGUGCCAGCACCAGUUCCACUCUCGCCGGUGGAACUGCUCCACCCUGCAGGGGCUGCAGGUCUUCGGCAAGGUGGCCAUCCAAGGCACGCGGGAGUCUGCGUUCAUCCAUGCUGUCUCUGCCGCCGGCGUCGCCUUCGCUGUGACUCGUGCCUGCAGCCGCGGGGAGCUGGACAAGUGUGGCUGCGACCGCAAGGUCCGAGGAGCCAGCCCCGAAGGUUUCCAGUGGUCAGGCUGCUCUGAUAACUUGUCUUACGGGAUUGCCUUUUCUCAAGCCUUCGUAGACAACCCUGAGAGGAACCGUGGCAUCUCCUCCGGCCGAGUGCUCAUGAACCUGCACAACAACGAGGCUGGGAGGAAGGCUCUCCUGGCCCACAUGAAGGUGGAGUGCAAGUGCCAUGGUGUGUCGGGCUCCUGCGAGGUGCGCACGUGCUGGAAGGUCAUGCCUCCCUUCCGCAAGGUGGGCGACGUCCUCAAGGAAAAGUUCGAGGGGGCGACGGAGGUGCACCCCAAACGGGUUGGCUCCCGCAAGCUCCUGGUGCCCAAGAGCUCUCGCUUCAAGCCCUACACGGCUCACGACCUGGUCUACCUGUUGGCCAGCCCAGACUUCUGCGACCGGGACCCCCGGCGUGGGGUAUUUGGCACCUCCGGCCGCCGGUGCAACCGGACAUCCCCGGCCAUGGACGGCUGCGAGCUCCUGUGCUGCGGCAGGGGCUUCCACACGGCCCAGGAGGAGGUGGUGGAACGAUGCAGCUGCAAGUUUCGCUGGUGCUGCUCCGUCAAGUGCAAGCAGUGCCGGCACCUGGUAGAGGUCCACAGCUGCCGCUGAGGGGGGAGCCAGCUGGGGCGGUGGGGGGGCAAGGUAGCCAGAUGGGGGAGGAGGACAACCUUGGGAGAGCCAUGGGAAGGAAGGGAAGGUGGUGGGGAGACACCCGGCCUGAGAAGGAGCGGAGGGGAUGUAGGGUUUUGCUGCCCUGCUGAAGAGCUGCCCCUUGCUCCUGGGGUGUCAUCAGCUCCCCACACAGCACCCUCUCGCCAGCCUCCUUGGGCUUGUGGUGGUUGGAAUGGAAGGUCGGAGGUCUGAUAGGUCCUCCACAGGUCCA